AUGUCGUCGCCACCAACGCGACAUGGCCCAACAACACCCCCCAAAGAGCGAUCCAAAUCGCAAAACAGCAAGGCCGGCAUCCGCCUCGUCCCAUAUUCCCCGCCCAGGCUCGACCCGGAAGAGCGGGCGCCCAGUCAGACGUCGUCGCGCGAGAAUGCAGGCAGUCGAUCAUCUGGAAUUUACGAUGACCAGGCCAAUAGCGGAACCGACCGUACGAGACGCUCAAGCUGGAAGGAUGAGGUGACAGAGGGCCACGGUGCGAGCCAAGGGCCCGCAUUGUCGUCGCCUUCGGGCUCGGGUGCCUCAUUGGCGAAGUUCAGGGAUGAAAGGGUUUCAGGGGUGAAACCUUUGGCCAGCCCCUCGGGCGUGGGGCACGCUUAUCCAACCGCACGUCAUCUGAGAUCAGUAUCUGAAGUUUCAUUAAGUACCAUCACCGGCACCGGUCCCGAUGUGUCAGAGUCGCGGCGCUCCCGCGCCUCGUCAUCUGCCUCUUCCACACACGGCCGCCCACGAUCCUUGUCGCGGCGCUUGCGACUUGCCGUCCAUCCCAACGGAACCUUCUCUCUCGUGCCCGAAGAGCCGCUACCCGAGGCCUCUCCCAGCCUUACAUCGCCUCACCCGUCUUACGCUUCCAGAACUCCGAGCGCGCAAGACCGUCCGUCGAUCGACACGUGGAGCGACCGCCGCGCGAGCACGCCAUUGACAGGCGCAAGUACUGUCAUCCUUGACCAGAGCUUUUCGGAAGAGCCGCAUUCCACGUCAUCGUCCCGGGCAUCCUCAUCCACGCAACUCGCAGAAGAUUCCACUGCUACUACCUCAUCGCCCUGGAACUACCGCCUCAUUGGUGGCGUUCGGAAGGUGCCUUCGACCCCCGAGAAGAAGGGGAAGCAACCAGUGUACAACACAUCCACUUCAACGCCCGAGACGCAACUUGCUCCAUUACCGGAAGCUGCCACUACCCCUGGCGACGACGAGACUCCUACUCGGACGGUGGUGCCAAAGACAUCGUCUUCGUCCGUUGCAUCUAACCAGACAAUCGAGACAGUCUCAGAAGCGACAAACUACAAGGUGUAUGGCCCAGGAUCUAGUGCGCAGGACUCGAACGACAGCCUCGAUCUGAACCCUGCCAGUGCCUCGAACUGGGAAGUACUGGGCCAGUCGUCGCCGGCAUAUGCGAGCAGCCCCCCCGCGACCUCGCAUGGUGGGAACGAGAAUUACGUUUUGCACGGUGCGGCGUCAGAAUCGCCUUCGUCGUCUCUAGCCACCGUCGUCAGAAAGCCGCGCCCGGAGUACUCACAGGAGAGUUUGGUUGUCCCACCCCUGAGGCCGAUCAAAAAGAGGUCACACGAAAGAUUCGGGUACUACAAGCAGCGGUCGCGCGAGACCCUCCGAUCCCGUACCGGGUCUGUGCAGUCUCUCAAGAGCCUGUCGUCCAUAGUCACCAGCCAGGAUCCCUCUCUGGCGUUCGCAGCGGCGCCGGCGGUGCUCAACCUUGCGCAGUCAUCGUCUCAACGCUUCCCAUGGGCGCCACCACAGACGCCGGGAUCCGGUUCUUCCAGUCCCCAGGGCGCCCUCAUCCAGCGGCCAUCGGCCCCCGUCAUGUCGCACUCCCACCCUCACCAAUGGAGCUCUCAACUGUCGACGGUAAUGUCCGAGAGCGAGGGCGGCAGCGAUCCAGCUCGCUCUGUCUCCCCCUUGUCGUCGGAAGGCGCCGGACAUCACCGUCGACGCAGCAGCACUGGCUGGGUCAGUUCGAUGCACAGCCGCCAGAUGCCCAGCAUAUCCUCCUCAAUAGCCCUACAGCUCGACGAGGCUGCCGCUGCGUCAGGUAGCGACCCGCUCGACCGCCCGCGGCCAAGCCAUUCAAGAGGUGGCCUGCCGGGGAUACGGCUGGUUCGAGACCAAGACGAACACGGGGAUGGCCUGGCGGAUCUGGAGCACAGGCCGUCACAAACCGGACUAUCCACCCUUUUUCUUCAUUCCGGCGCCAGCUCGCGCGCCAAUAGUUUCACCUCAACGGUCCCGGCCUGGGCUAGGGUAUACUAUGGCUCUGGCGAACGACGCUUCCUCGGCCGCCGCCCGUCCUUUCUGACCGUCUCCGAAUCGAGUGAUAGCCGGCCGCCGAGCUCGGGCUUCCUCGGUAGCGAAUCCCCGAACUCGGACAAUUUCAAUUUCCCUCAGGCCAUCUUCAGCCCGCGGAGACGUGCCAGGGAAGUCCAACCUGCCGCAGACCAGCGUCCGGCUCCCGAUCAUGCCUCUAUGGAGAUCUCGCCAGCCCCUUCACCAGCCCAGCCACCCCAGGAUCACCGCGUCUUUAGGUCAUUGCGGGAGAAGACCUCGAGCAUCUGGUCUCCGCACCUCCAGCCGGAUCGUCGUGCCAGUCGGUACAGCGUGUGGGACCCCCCGAGUGUGAACUGGUCGGCGGACAGCGGUAUUCUGGGGAAAAGGAACAUCCAAGUGAUUCUCUUCAUUCUCGGGUUUGUUCUUCCCCUCGCCUGGAUGGUUGCCGCAGUGCUUCCACUUCCGCCUAACCCGAAGCUUCGGAUGUUGGACGUCGAAAAUAGCCAAGGCCGUUUCGGGUCCCCUCAUCCAGCGUUUCGGUACCAACAGCAACUCUUGGACGAAUUGAGAUACGAGAGCGCCAGGUGGUGGCGUAAUCUCAAUCGAGGCAUGUCCGUCGUCGGCCUUCUCAUCAUUGGCGCCAUCAUCGCCCUCGCAGUUGUUGGUGUCCGGCAAGGGUGGGGCCACCGCUAG